CUUUUAAGCGUGACGCUGGAAGCGGAAGUGAGCGCGGAGUCUCGUCUUCCGUCCAGUUUCAUGCAAACAAACAACAGCUCGAAGUUUGUUUGUGAUGGAAGUCUUACGGCCGGCUCUCAUUAACAUCAAGGGGAGAAUUUACAGGAAAAAUCCAGUUCAGGAGGAAUGUUAUGAAGAAGAAGAGGAUGAUUAUUCAUAUUCGGGAGAAGCGGCUGAGCAGUGUCUGGACGAGCCGUGUGACGCAUACGACAUCGAGCAGACGGACCGAGGCUUCCGCUGCGCCAUAGACGUGCCCAGCGUCCUUUACAAGUAUAUUAUCGGUAAGAAGGGAGAGACUCGUAAACGACUGGAAUCGGAGACUAAAACUUCCAUCAGCAUCCCGAAACAAGGCGUGGAAGGACAGAUCGUAAUCACAGGUGCACACAGAGCGGCCGUCGCCUCAGCUGUAACCCGCGUUGAGGUUUUGAUCGACAGCUUUCGGAGGAAGCAGCCGUUCACACACUUCCUGUCAUUUGCACUAAACCAUCCUCAGGUGCAGCAGGGCUUCCUGCGCUUUCGAGAGCAGGUGCUGGAACGCUGUGGACAGGACGCAGGCGUGGAUGAGAGUAUUUUUCAGAAACCGGCUAAACUCCACCUGACCGUCGGUACUCUGGCCCUCCUGAACGAACAGGAAGUGACACGCGCGAACAAGCUCCUGCAGCAGUGUCAGGACGUUAUCAGAGAUAUAACUGAAGCAAAACCACUUCCUGUGGAGGUCAGAGGAAUUGAGUAUAUGAAUGAUGACCCGUCGAUGGUGGAUGUUCUGUAUGCCAAAGUAGCUGUUCAAGAUGGAUCUGACAAGCUCCAGCAGAUCGCGGACAGGCUCGUGGAGUGUUUCGCAGCAGCCGGUCUGAUGGAGCGGGAGCGAGUGAAGAUUCACGGCACCGUCAUGAACACACUGUUCCGGAGAGAUCCGUCAGCGGAGGAUAAAGGAGCUUCAGCAAGACCCAACGCUAAAGAUCGAGAAGCUUUUAAUGCCAAAAACAUCUUACAGAUGUUCGGCGAGUUUUAUUUCGGCGCGUUUGAGCUGGAUUCGGUUCAGAUCUCUCAGAGGUUCUCCACUGACGGCACGGGAUACUAUUCCUCGGCGGGACACGUCACAUUCUCAUGAUGGGACACUAAAACACUGCUCUGGACUUUGCUGAUGAAUGCAUCACAAUUCUCUGUUUUGCAAUUGAAUUAUGCAUUAAUAAUCAAUGUUAUGCACUGUAAAUAUUAAUAUAAAUAACAUAAAGAGCAUUUUAAUGGAACGGUUUUGCGUGUGCCCUUGAGGGCAGGAUCAUGUCAUGAAUAUUUCUGGGCCUUUUCCCUGAUGUUUUAAUUGCAUAUAUUUGCAAAGUGUUUUUAGUCUUUUUUUAGGAGAGUGCUAGCAUACAUAGCAAUGAAAGCAACACUUUUACUGAUGUGUUUGUGCAGCAUGACAUUGAUGCACAUUAUGUGAUGAUUGAGUUUGUCAUCUUUAAGUGAGCUUUAUAAUGUCACUGUGUUCAGAGUAAUGUGGUGUCGUAGGUGAUGCUGAUGGUUAAAAAUCUAAAUGAAAGCAACUGCUAUAAGAUCAAAAUACAGCAUAAUAAAGACCCAAGAGUCUGUGCACUACAGUGAGUUUGAUCUCAGGUAAGUGUGUUAGAAAAUACUCUACUUUAAAGGGUCCUUUCAGGGAUUUUUUUUGGGGGUCUCUUUUGGAGUUUGACCUUUCCUCGUCACUCACUGCUUUCAUUAUAUGGAGUAAAAACACUGAAGAAAGAACA